AUGUGUAUCUGAUGAGAGACACAUAAAAGAUCUGAAAGGUGUUCUCAGUGGUCAGCUGUAAAGCUGCCGUCUUUUGCAGCCAUGGGUCCUACAGUGCUGCUGCUCGUCCUGGCCUUCUCCGGUCUAUCUCAGCCUCUAGAAUUUAACAUCAUGAAAGCCUUGGUUAAUGUUGCAGACGCUCUAGGUGAAUAUGCCUAUUAUGAUUACACUGAAGAGCCAACACUUGAUUAUGACUUAAGCUGGUUGUCUGAUCUGCUUGAUGACAAUGCAGAUGAUUGUGAACCCAGUCCCUGUGAGAAUAAUGGUACCUGCGCAGCCAAAACCAAUGGUGGCUACACAUGCUCUUGUGUACCACCUUACAGUGGCAAACACUGCGAGAUAUAUGUAAAUCCCUGUAAGAAGGUCAACUGUGGUCGUGGUGAGUGUGUGCUGAUGAAGGCCGCUCCCUUCUACGAGUGCAAAUGUGCAGUCCCGUUUCGACCCCCAGACUGCAGGAAAGCUGCCGCCUGCAAAGAGAAUCCUUGCCUCAAUGGGGGAAGUUGCCAAAAGGGAAGAACCAGAUCCCAGUUUACCUGCCUCUGCCCUCUUGGCUACAGUGGGAAGCUCUGCCAAGUCGGCCCAGGCGACUGCUAUGAGGGAGAUGGAGAAUCGUACCAGGGUUUUGUGAGCGAGACGGUGGACGGCCAUGACUGUCUGCCCUGGAACUCUCACCUCAUGAGAGACGGUGGCUUUGACGUCGACUCUAUCAGUGGGCUGGGCCGUCACAGUUACUGCAGAAACCCUGAUGGAGAGGACGCCCCCUGGUGCUUCAUCAGGAUAAAGAAGAUGUUAGACUGGAAUUUCUGCAAUGUGUCUAGAUGCUCUGGACCCACAGCCUUACCCACGGUACCGGUCACUCCCGAAGUGGUCAACCCUGUUGCCACCCAGGCUCCCUCCACGAAGCAGUUUGCCCAGUGUGGCAAGCCUCAGCCUGGCGCCAUGACCUCCAGGAUCUUCGGGGGCCACAAGGUGAUGCCGGCGACCCACCCCUGGCAGGUGUCGCUGCAGACCAGGCGUAAGCGCAGCACGGACGAGUACGGACACAUGUGCGGGGGGAUCCUCAUCGACUCCUGCUGGGUCCUCACAGCUGCCCACUGCAUUAACAGGAUGAUGGACAUGCAGGUGGAGGUGGGUGGUGUCAAUAUUAUGAAGAAGGAGGACUCGGAGCAGCUCAUCCCUGUGGUGGAUUUCAUAGUUCACGAGAACUACAAGGAGACUAAAGAGGCUCUGUUCAAUGACAUUGCUCUUCUGAGACUGAAGGGUCCGGAGGGCCAGUGUGCCAGAGAGACCAGGUUUGUGAAGACGGCCUGCCUGCCCAGCGGACCGCUACCCGACAACUCUGAGUGCUACAUAUCAGGAUGGGGAGAGACAGAGACAGAGUGGUGGAGUACCAGGCUCCUGGCAGCCAAGGUGCGCUUGAUCUCACAGGAGCGCUGCACAGCUCCUGAUGUCUACGGCGACAGGCUGGACGACAGCAUGCUCUGUGCUGGGAGAAUGCAGGGGGCAGUGGACACCUGUCAGGGUGACUCUGGGGGCCCUCUGGUGUGUCAGAAGGAUGGUGUCCACUAUGUUUAUGGUGUGGUCAGUUGGGGUGACGCCUGCGGUCUGAAGAACAAACCUGGAAUUUAUGCCCGAGUCACCAAGUUUAUUGACUGGAUCAACACCAACAAGCAAAAGAUCAAAAUGUGAAUCAGAAGUAUGUAUGAGAGUAAAAGGGAAAGAAAAUAGACACAAACAAAAGUACACACUAAACAAAAGACAUUUAACACAAUAGCAAACCAGCUAAGAAGUGUGUGUGUGUGUGUGUGUGUGUGUGUGUGUGUGUGUGUGCGCACGCGUGCAUACGUGUUUUUUUUUUUUGUGUGUGUGUGUGUGUGUGUGUGUGUGUGUGUGUGUGUUUGACUGUCCUAAUUGUCAAAUACUUAGCUCACCUUAUUACAGUGUUCCACAAAACACAUCAUGCAGGAAACUUCAGAUCCAAGACAAAUGUUUAUAUUUUCUUAUAAUUCAAUGUACAAUAAUGGAAAAAAUGAAUAUUGUGAUAUGCAGAUGUGUAAUGCUGUCAACAAUUAAUUUGAAAUAAAAAUAACAUUUGAAAUAUGUGA